CUGUAAAGGGCUGCUGAGCUGAUGUCAUGGUUUGUGCUAGGAGGGAAGAGGACUCAGACUCCCUGGCAUAACUACCACAGCCAGCCUGACCGAGUGACCAUCACAAGGCCCUCUGGAGAAAUAAACAUGAGUGUCUGCAGUGACAAGGUUGCUGGCAUUCUCAUACUGUGCUUCUUUGGCAUGUGUUCAGCCAGUGAAGUGGGUCUGGGUGGCAAGGUCCUGGUCUUCCCUUACGAGACAGACUUCAGCUUCGUAGCCCUGAUGCCCCAGAAGGAGAUGGAGCUGCGCUCGUUCACGCUGUGCAUGCGCGUUGCCACAGAGCUGCAGGGCGAGCGUCAGAUCAUCCUCUUCGCCUACCGCACCUCCGACUACGACGAGCUCAACGUGUGGCGCGAGAAGGACGGCCGUGUCUCCUUCUACCUGAGCGGGGACGGCGUUUCCUUCCACCUGCCGCCCAUCUCCACCUUCCGCACCAGCCUGUGCCUCACCUGGGAGUCCAGCUCUGGGCUGUCGGCCUUCUGGGUGGACGGCCGGCGCAGCACCUACCAGGUGUACAAGCCCGGCCACACCGUGAGGCCCAAGGGCACCGUCCUGCUGGGGCAGGACCCAGACAAGCACCUGGGGGACCUGGAGGCUGUGCAGAGCUUCGUGGGGGAGGUGACCGACCUCAACAUGUGGGACUACGUGCUCCCCAGGAGCCAGGUCCAGGCCUGGCACUACGGCCACCAUGUCCCCAAGGGCAACAUCUUUGACUGGACCACCAUCGAGUACCAGCUGAAUGGGAACGUGAUGGUGGUGGAUGAUGACUGACUCGGCGUGGAGUCACGCGCUCACACAGAUGAGUAUGUGUGUGUCUGGACUGGGCUGGUGAUACUGAUGUUUUUCUGCGGUUGUUUUUAACUUCUCGUCUGUGUGUCGGGCCCUCUAUUCUGCUGGUCCUGAGGAGGGAGGUAGUCCUGCAUGGACUUCCUGUCGCCUGGUAGUUGCCGAAGUGGGAAAUUAUGGGUUCACUCACAUUAUCUCGAAAGCCAUGAACUGUAUAUACAAGAGAAACUGAGCACUGGAUUGAUUAAGGUCAUUCAUCUUCCCUUUGUUCUAGGCCUUAGUAUUCACUAAAUAGAGGGAAAAUAUAUUUAGAAUAAUCUUGGUUCUCCUUAACCAAAUCCAUUCCUUGUGUUAUAAUAUUAUCGUGUCAUUUAACUAAAAGGAUUUCAAAAAUAAGGAUCAUUAUUUUAAACGCUAGCUAUUACUGAAUUUUUCUAAUAUUUUUUUUAAAUUGUGUCAACUUCUCGUGGUAGUCUUCAGCCAGGCUCUGACGUCCUGCACAUCCCGAACACUGGACAGUGUGACGUUAGUGCUGUGCAAGAUGUUGCCACAGGGGGGCAUGAUUGCUGCUCUCAACUCUGCAGACGUAAUUUGUGUCAAUGCACGAAGCAACACACCGGUGUGUUAUAACAUUAUUUUAUGCUCAAGGUUUCAGCAGCAGUUAUGUUAUAUAUAAUAUAACAUAAUAUACCGAAUUUGAAGAAAGAUAAAUGCUUUUGGAAAUGGUAAGCACUAAGGCAGUGCAUAUCUUAACAUAUUUUCACGUCUGUUUUCUUUUUCUUUAGCCUAUACUUUUUCGUUGUUUGAGGUUCUUGUGUAAUUCCUACAGUACAUCAUAUUUUUAUAUGCCCUAUGGUUUCUCUAACAAAGUGCUCUUGCAGUGCAGUGCAUAGAUAUCAUAUGUACACAAUCUUGCUACGUACUAAUAACUAAGGACAUAUAUUGUGAAUAUGUAAUGAAAAGGUGAAAAAGUCCGAGAGUGAAGUUGAUUUUAAUCUAUACAGUAGGCCUACAUAUAGAAUUCACAGAAAACCGUAAAAUGACAUGGUUUUGUGUUGUCAGUAAAAGGUUAUAGCAAGAAAUAUGAAGUAUGAAAAGGCGAUUCAUUAUUUCUAUACUUAAUAAUUUAAAAGUGCUGAGAGACAAACAGCAAUUACAAUGUUUAAAAGCCACUGCGUUAAUGUUGCCUUUGGUUAGCACACUCACUCUCAUAAAUGUUCCAUGUUUUAAGCUGAUGUAAGAAUGCUUUUGGGCCUGAAAUUAAAUCUUGACAUGUGCAUAACUAAAAACGUGUGUUAAUAAAGAGAAAUGAUGUCUUUGA